GGGAGUUAAGUGGGUUAAGUUGAUUUUUUUUUUAUAAAACCGCGAUAAAUACGCCGUACGGACGGGGGGCGAGCAACUAUUUUAUUAACUACUCAUUCGUGGGUACCGUGCCAUAUAUUAGCAAAGCCCAAUAUCCGUAGGAGGAGCUCUAUUGCCUGUGACGCCUCCACUGCUGUUUGGUUCAAACAUUUGUGUGGGAGGCAGCACGAAUAGGGCGCGCGGCAGCGGAAGGGGCAUAAAAGGAGGCGGAACCAGAAGCAAUCAAGUGGCAACAAAAACAACAACAACAGCAUCAUCAUCAGCAUCGUAAGUGAAAUGCAAAAAGUUAAUUAGUGUGAACGAAAUCAAAUUGGACGCCCCGAGGAGGUCGCUGCACAGCGGGUGGCUGUCGUGCCGGGUCCUGAACCCUCUUGGAAGGGGGUGGAUUGGGCGCCAUGGAAUUUGCCGAUCUGAUAAAAACCCCCAAGCUUGACGGGGUCUUCCUGCACGACCCGCAGCCCCUGCAACAUGCAAAUGCAGCAACAGUUGGAACCCUCUGCAUCACCGGCCACCAUUUGCUGCUCAGUGCGCGUCAGGAGAACAGUCAGGAGCUAUGGCUGCUGCACAAGGACAUCGACUGUGUGGAAAAGAAGCCGAGCAUGUCACAGAACGUUGUCGUUGGAGGCAUCAUCACGCUCAAGUGCAAGGAUUUGAGGAUUAUAUCGCUGGAGAUUAAGUACGCCAAAGAGUUCUUCAACGUGUCUUCCUCUCUGGAGGCGCUCAGUGCAAUCCAGAAUGCGGAGCUGCUGUACCCGUUCUUCUAUCGGCCCAUGUACAGCAUCCUGGAGGAUGGCUACACGAUGUUUAGGCCGGAGCUGGAGUUCGCCAAGCUCAUCAGUGGCGUGGGUAUGGGUGGGGUGUCUUCGCCCAACGUGGCCAACAUAACAAUUUGCAUGCCAUCAACAUCAACGUCAACGUCGAGUGUAGGCAGCAUACCCCAUCCCCUGCAGAAUGGCUAUGCGCUGGACGCAGCCGCCGCCCUAGUGGGGGGCAUCGGCAGUGGUGCCACAGUACUCGCCUGCGAAUGGCGAGUCACCAACAUCAAUAAAGACUUCAGCGUCUGUGCCACAUAUGGCGCCACGCUAAUUGUACCUAAAGCAAUUACGGACGAGCAGAUUGUGCUCUCCGCGUCGUUUCGGGAUGGCGGCCGCUUUCCCGUGCUCAGCUACAGGCACGACAAUGGCGCCACGCUGAUGCGCAGCUCCCAGCCUCUGUCCAUCCAGGGCAUCAAGCGAUGUCGCGCGGACGAAGCGAUACUGAACCUCGUGCUGGGACGCAGCAAAAAGGGCUUCAUCGUGGACACUUGGGGCAAGGGCAAGUCGAACACGGAAACGGAUCUUCAUUACUCGCAGUGGAAGAAGGUGAAUCGAUCGAUUGGCAACGUCAGCUCGCCCGCCUCUAUACUGGACAGUUUCGCGAAACUAAUCGAAGCCUGCAAUGAAACUGGCUGCAGCACUGACAAAUGGCUAUCGCGGCUCGAGGGCAGUGGCUGGCUAAGUCUGGUACUGAACUCCUUGAACGCCUCCUGUGUGGUGGCCCAGUGCCUGGACCAAGAAGGCAGUCCUGUUCUGGUGCAUGGCGCCAAAGGUUUGGACUCGACACUGAUUGUCACCUCGUUGGUGCAGAUAAUUCUGAAUCCCGAUUGCCGCACUGUCAGAGGUCUGCAGGCUUUGAUCGAACGGGAGUGGAUCCAGGCAGGACAUCCGUUCGCCUCUCGCCAUCGCUAUUCCUGCUACACGCCGCACCAGACGCGCAACAAGACUUCGGGCGCCACUUUUGUGCUGUUCUUGGAUUGCAUCUACCAGCUGUUUACCCAGUUCCCCUGCAGCUUUGAGUUCAGUACGCAGCUCUUAAUAUUGCUGUUCGAGCAUAGCUACUUUUCGCAAUACGGCACCUUCCUGUGCGACUCAGAGCGGGAGCGGCACGAACUGAAUGUUCAUACGCGAACGACCAGCCUGUGGUCGUACUUAAAUCGGCCAGAUGUCCUGCAGACCCUGCUAAAUCCCUUGUAUGAGCCGAACGCUAAUGUUAUAUGGCCAUCUGUGGCACCCAUAAGCUUGGAACUGUGGAGCGAGCUCUAUUUGCGGUGGGUGAUAGAUCAGCGCAGCGUGACAACAGUCAUGUCGCAGGUACAGGAGCUCGUAACACGCGAGAAAGAACUCAGAACUCAGGCCCUCAAACUGCGAAAACAGGCCUUGGAGCUCGGCCAGGAGGUCUCCGCACUCAUGAACAAUGCAGACACUGCAUAGUUUUGGCUACCUCAGCAGCUCUACUCUCUAUCUCUUGCAUAAUACACUUAUUUUUGAUACGUUCUGUUGCCAGAUUUAAACAAUUAUUUAAUAGCAACAACACUAAUAUUAAGUCUCACUACAAGUUCCAUUUACAACAAAUUGUGCUGAAAAAAGAACCGAAUUGAUGGAUUGGUCAUAGGAUCUGCUUUUGGAUCGAAAAAAUAACUCAAUUUAUGGACUUACGUAGAAAGUAUGUCCAAUAGUAUACCAAUCCAAUUAUACUUCUACACACCGUAACAUAUACAUAUAAAGCGAUAAAGUGAAAAAUAGUCCUGGGGCUGUAAUUUGAAAAACCCUCUCCUUUUAAUGCUGCUCUCUACUCAGAAUCUGUAAACUGGAAGCUAAAACUGCACAUGGCAAAACUAUCAAAUCUAGCAGAUAAAAUAACACUUCUUUGAGUCAAUUUUUGACGCAUUUACUUUUAUGAAAUUGUUAGCAAAUAAGUUUUUCAACAUUUAAUUACAUAUUAUAGUACUUAUUAUCAGUGUUUAAUAAUGAAUAAUGGUCUUUAGGCCGCCGUUCCGAUUAACAAAAGAAAAUUUGGCCUUUUUCGAAACAUUUGUAUGUACAUUUGAUUAAAUCGCAUAAAUUUAAA